UUCACAAAUUAGGUAGUUACCCUGGAAUUGAAAUACUAACACAUUUAUUUCUACAUAACAUCUAGUAAAUAAAGGAAUCUUCUAUGUGGUCAGUGGCCAAACCUCACAGGAGAGUGAGAUUAGAACAGACAUCUUUUUCAGUGAAAUAGCCAGUUGAGCUAUUUCUCCACUCAAUUGCCUGGACUUUUGUUCUAAAUAAACCAAAUAGAAAGUUUAACUUGGUUUCUUAUAGAUAUAGCUUGCUUCCUGAAUUUUGUCUUCCUGUCUCGCCCGGAUGACAGCAGUGAAAAAGUACAUCUCUAAAGUGGCAGGUUUAAAAAACGAUAAAAAAAAAAAUCUGGUAUAAUGUGUCAUUGUGGGUUCAUAUGCUACUGCAGAUAUCAAAUAGUUCUUAAAAGUACUAUUGAGUUUUCAAACUGUUAACUUUUACUAAUGUACACACAGCAUUAGUGAGGCUCUGGGGACUCUGGAAAAUAACUGAACACAUGAGCCUUUCCCCAAAGAGCUUAUAUCGGGGAAAAAACACUCAAAACAACUAGAGAAAAAUAUUUAAUUAUUAUAUACACUUACGAAAUGACCAGGGUACAACAUAAAAUUAAUUCUAUGAUGAAGAUUAUGCAUUGAAAUGUAUUUAAAACUAGAAACCCUAGUGUGUGGCUGGCAUCCAGCCCACAUUGUCCUAUAGCAGAGGCACAACGUAGAUGUCACAUUCCCCAGCCCCAAGCAGUGUUCACUGAGUGCAGGGCUAUAAAUAGAAGGCGACAGACAGUUUACAGUACACACGAGACUUACUUGAGCAAGACCAUACUGAUGAAAUAAGUGAACAGAAGCAUAUAUAAAUAGAGCAUGAACAUUAUGUAUAAACAACAGAGCAGAUAUACCUGGUGGUUGGAAACUGAGGGAGAAACCUCUCCUUUUAUAGAAAGGCAAGAGGGUGUGGAAGAAAGAAUAUUAGCUUUGGUUUCAGAUACACUGAAAUAUGAAAGCAUUCAAGUCCCGGCUCUUCCACUCUGGAACUGGGCGCAUUAUCUGACUUCAGCAAAUCUCAUUUCCCCACAUCUACUCGAAGCUACUAACUUUGGCAACUGUUACUAGUAUUACUUCUGUUAAAACUAGUUAACAUCCCACCAUGUUGCUGGGAUGCACACAAGGGAUCGUGUCUUAAUGGUCUUGGUACUUGGAACCAGUAAAGAGAACUGCUCUUGCUCCUCUAUUAGCGGAGGAAAAUUCCGUGAACCAAUAGGAAGUUCAGACGCUGUCUGAGUACCAAAAACGGAGAGAAUUCGUGAGAGGGGUGAGAGCAUUCCAGGCACAGGCAACAGCUUCAGCGGAGCUCUGAAGGGAGGCAGAAAGUGGGGUGGGGGUUGAAGGAGGAGAGAGUCUGAGGCACAGGAAGGAAAAAGCGAGCUGGGUGUUUGGGGGCCCAUGCUGUGUGCAGGUAAGCAGAGAGAGGAGAGGAGCCUCCAGACAGAGUUCCUGGCAAUUUGAAUUGGCAGUGCUGGGGCCUGGAAGCCAGAGGGGCAGCAGCUGAAGCUAGGAAUGGCAGGGGGUAGUCAGGAAGUGCUUCUGGGGCAGGGAACCAAGGCAGAGUGCAUGGCAGUUCCUGGAGGGAGUUGAAGGAAAGCCACUGGAUUGCCACAGAUUGCAAGCAGCAUUAGUCAUUUUAACAACAAGACCAAAAAAAACCCCCAAAACUAAACAAACAACAACAACAAAAAUAAAACAUAACUACAGUAAUACAGAAGCCAUGUAUUGCUUCAGGUUAAUAUAGUGGUUAAGGUUGUCCUGGAGCUGGUCCUCAACCAGCUUGGGUCACCUGAGGGCUUCCAGCCAUGUGACCUUAGCAGAAUGAUAUAAGCCUCUCUGAAUCUGUGUGCCCCUCUUUCGUAAAAUGGGGAUGUUCUCUGUCUCUGAAAGUUACUGUGGUUGCAAAGCCAAUUAAUACCUGUAGAAACUUAAUAUUUUCUCUGAUGGCUAAUGAAGUUAAAGGAAAAAGAUGUCGAGAGUAGAUCAAAGAUUUUAUGUUCAGAGGGAGGAUUUCAUUUGCUUUUUAUGUUUUCUACCGGUUCAGGACUCAUGCUGCUUAUAUUACAUUGAAUUUGCUGUUUAUUGGGAGAGUUAUUUCAAAUUGGGUCCUAGGUCCUUAAUUUUAGUUGGCAACAGGCAAGAGAAAUGCCCUGUUGACCCUCCAAGCUUUAACAGGUCUGCCAGCCGCAUAUCCAACACCCACUGUGCUGGGUCCUCCUCCCUGACUUCAAAAGGCAGCAGUGUUUGGAAAUCCUCCAGGCUUAAAACCUUACACAGAAUUUUAAGUUCUCUCUCCAACCCCCAUAUCAAAUUCAAAACCAGGUCUCAUUCCUUCGUUCAUUGUGAUGCCUCUUAGAUUCAGUUCUUCUCAGUUCCACCUUUUCCUUUCUCAUCCUCCCCUCCCCCUCCCAUUUUCCUUUUCAACAGUCCUGGAUCUCCUGUCUCUACUUUCAACCCGUGACAAAUUAAUGAUCAACCCAUUGGUCAGGACACCACUUAUCUCCCUUUGUCAAGAACUCUCAAUAGUUAUCCUCUGAGUGUUAGGGUGAGUUCAGAUUCCUAGGUUUGGUAUUAAGCCUUCCUCCCAAAUUCUCAACUUUCUUUUCCCAAAUUCUCAACUGGCGGAUGGCACCUUGGCUCCACGUUCCAGACCAUCCCUUCCCCAGCCUCCUGAUGAAAUUCCAUGCCUUCCAGAGGACUCAGUUUGUUUCCCACACCCCCCAGGAAGCUCUCCUUGGGCAAUUAUUCCAGCCCCAAUGCCCUUUAGCCCUUGGGGCAUCCCACCCAACCCAACACUGAAUUAUUUUACACCCUUGUGAGUUUGUCUUGGAGGGUAGGACCCCAUGUUUGGCCGAAUGUCCACAUCACCAGGCUAGGAUCCCUCACCCGAUAACGCUGGAAAACUGGACGGAUGUGUUCAGGAACAUGCUCCUGGUCCAGUCCCUACUUGAUAAUUCCCAGCUCCUACCCCUCCUCCAACCAGAGUGUGACCCGGUGAGUCCGACCUCCGGACGCCCCCGAGCAGGAGUGGACUGUGUUCCCGAAUCCUGAGCGUUUCCACGUAGCCCGCCCUCCCACUUAGCCCUGACCCGAGCCGAGGACAGUGGUGCAAAGCCCCGCGCUCUGCUCUUCGGAGGUUGGUUUCGGGUACUCGGCCAUCAGCGCCCAAGACCACGCAGGGGUCGAGGGUGACGCAGCCGGAACCGCCGGGGGUUUUCAGUGUCGCCCCUCGCCCUCCCCCUCGCAGCCAUUGGGCAGCCUCGGCGGCGCGCCCUGUGGACGGGGCGGGGCCCUCCCCAUCUCCCCUGUUCCCCUCCCCUGUUUCCAGGGGUGGGAUCGUCGGGAGGCAGGCAGGAGGCGUGGAGGGGCUGCCGAGGGGCGUCCGGUUACGUCUCCGCCUUCCUCAGCCGUGUCCGCAGAGCCGCUAGGUUUGCGGGACAGCAGUUCGUGAACAUGCUGGCCGCGAUCCGCCGGAGCGGGGCUGCGUGGACGCGGGCGCUGCUGCUGCAGCUGCUGCUGGCGGGGCCCGGGGGCUGCCUGAGCCGCCAGGAGCUCUUUCCGUUCGGCCCGGGACACGGGGACCUGGAGCUGGAGGCUGGGGAUGACCGAGUCUCCCCAGCCCUGGAGCUGAGGCAGGCGCUCCGCUUCUUCGACAAAUCCGACAUCGACUCGGUCUACGUCACCACAAAUGGCAUUAUUGCCAUGAGUGAACCCCCGGCCAAAGAAUCCUCCCCCGGGCUCUUCCCACCAACUUUCGGCGUAGUUGCUCCUUUCCUGGCGGACUUGGACACGACAGAUGGCUUCGGGAAGGUUUACUACCGGGAAGACCUCUCCCCCUCUGUCACUCAGCUGGCAGGAGAGUGUGUCCAGAGAGGGUUUCCAGAAAUCUCUUUCCAGCCCAGUAGUGCAGUGGUCGUCACUUGGGAAUCCGUGGCUCCAUACCAAGGGCCCGGCAAGGACCCCACCCAGGAGGGCAAGAGAAACACAUUCCAGGCUGUUCUAGCCUCCUCUGAUUCCAGCUCCUACGCCAUUUUCCUUUAUCCUGAAGAUGGUCUGCAGUUCGACACGACAUUUUCAAAGAAGGACGAGACCCAAGUUCCUGCUGUGGUUGCGUUCAGUCAAGGUGCCCAAGGAUUUAUAUGGAAGAGUGAUGGAGCUUAUAAUAUAUUUGCCAAUGACAGAGAAUCCAUUGGAAAUUUGGCCAAGAGCAGUAACUCUGGGCAGCAGGGCGUCUGGGUGUUUGAGAUCGGGAGCCCGGCCACAGCCAGCGGCGUGGUGCCCUCUGACGUGAGCCUCGGACUGGACGAUGGAGCAGAAUAUGAUGAUGAAGAUUACGACUCAGUGACACAUCUGGGCCUGGAGGACGUGGGCACGACAUCCUUCCCCUAUGAGUCUCCGAGAAGCGGAGACCCCAGCAUCCGCAGCGUGCCCUGGGUCCUUUCCCCCCGCCACCUGCCCACCGAGAGACCCGCCGGACCUCCUGGACCUCCCACAGAGAGGACCCGAUCUUUCCAGCUACCAGGGGAGAGGUUUCGCCAGCAGCACCCACAGGUCAUUGAUGUGGAUGAAGUUGAGGAAACAGGAGUGGUGUUCAGCUACAACACGGAUUCCCGCCAGACGUGCGCCAACAACAGACACCAGUGCUCUGUGCACGCGGAAUGCAGGGACUUCGCCACGGGCUUCUGCUGCAGCUGCGUUGCUGGCUACACCGGAAACGGCCGACAGUGUGUUGCCGAAGGCUCCCCUCAGCGAGUCAAUGGCAAAGUGAAAGGAAGGAUUCUGGUGGGAAGCAGCCCGGUGCCCAUUGUCUUCGAGAACACCGACCUCCACUCUUACGUGGUGAUGAACCACGGGCGCUCGUACACAGCCAUCAGCACCAUCCCCGAGACCGUCGGCUAUUCUCUGCUUCCUCUGGCCCCUGUCGGAGGCAUCAUUGGAUGGAUGUUUGCAGUGGAACAAGAUGGAUUCAAGAAUGGGUUCAGCAUCACUGGAGGCGAGUUCACCCGCCAGGCCGAGGUGACCUUCGUGGGGCACCCAGGCAAGCUGGUCAUCAAGCAGCAGUUCAGCGGCAUCGAUGAGCAUGGACACCUGACCAUCAACACGGAGCUGGAGGGCCAUGUGCCGCAGAUCCCUUUCGGCUCCUCAGUGCACAUCGAGCCCUACACCGAGCUCUACCACUACUCCCCCGGGGUGAUCACAUCGUCCUCUACGCGGGAGUACACCGUGAUGGAGCCUGAGCAAGAUGGCGCUACCCCUUCUACCAUCUAUACUUACCAAUGGCGCCAAACCAUCACCUUCCAGGAGUGCACCCAUGACACUUCCCGGCCGACCCUGCCCAACACCCAGCAACUCUCAGUGGACAGCGUGUUCGUCCUGUACAACCAGGAGGAGAGGAUCUUGCGCUAUGCGCUAAGCAAUUCCAUCGGUCCCGUGAGGGACAGCUCUCCCGAUGCCCUCCAGAAUCCUUGCUACGUCGGCACUCAUGGGUGCGACACCAACGCGGCCUGUCGCCCUGGCCCUGGGGUUCAGUUCGCCUGCGAGUGCUCCAUCGGCUUCCGAGGGGAUGGGAGGACCUGCUCAGAUAUCGACGAAUGUUCAGAACAGCCCUCAGUGUGUGGGAGCCACGCGAUCUGCAAUAAUCACCCCGGAACCUUCCGCUGCGAGUGUGUGGAGGGCUAUCAGUUUUCAGACGAGGGGACAUGUGUGGCUGUUGUGGACCAGCGCCCCGUCAACUACUGCACGACGGGCCUCCACGACUGUGACAUCCCACAGCGGGCGCAGUGCAUCUACCUGGGAGGGACCUCCUACACCUGCUCCUGUUUGCCGGGCUUCUCUGGGGACGGCCGAGCCUGCCAAGACGUGGAUGAAUGCCAGCCAAGCCAAUGUCACCCUGAUGCCUUUUGCUACAACACACCCGGCUCCUUCACAUGCCAGUGCAAACCUGGUUAUCGUGGAGACGGCUUCCAUUGUGUGCCUGGAGAAAUGGAGAAAACACGGUGCCAGCUGGAGCGAGAACACAUCCUUGGGGCGGCGGGGGCGGCGGACCCGCAGCGGCCAGGCCUGUUCGUCCCCGAGUGUGACGAGCAUGGUCACUACGCGCCCACCCAGUGCCACGGCAGCACCGGCCACUGCUGGUGCGUGGAUCGCGACGGCCGAGAGCUAGAGGGCACCAGGACCAGGCCUGGGAUGAGGCCUCCCUGUCUGAGUACCGUGGCCCCCCCGAUUCACCAAGGACCCUCCGUCCCCACCGCUGUGAUCCCUCUGCCACCUGGGACCCACUUACUCUUUGCUCAGACCGGGAAGAUAGAACGCCUCCCUCUGGAAGGAAGCACCAUGCAGAAGACAGAAGCCAAGACAUUGCUUCACGCCCCGGAUAAAGUCAUCAUUGGCUUGGCCUUCGACUGUGUGGACAAGAUGGUUUACUGGACCGACAUCAGUGAGCCUUCCAUUGGGAGAGCCAGUCUGCAUGGUGGAGAGCCAACCACCAUCAUUCGACAAGAUCUUGGAAGCCCAGAAGGCAUUGCCCUGGACCACCUUGGCCGCAACAUUUUCUGGACCGAUUCUCACUUGGAUCGCAUAGAAGUUGCAAAGCUGGAUGGGACCCAGCGCCGGGUGCUGUUUGAGACUGAUUUGGUGAAUCCCAGAGGCAUCGUAACGGAUUCCGUGAGAGGGAACCUUUACUGGACAGAUUGGAACAGAGAUAGUCCCAAAAUCGAAAGUUCCUAUAUGGACGGCACGAACCGGAGGAUUCUGGUACAGGAUGAUUUGGGCUUGCCCAACGGGCUCACAUUAGACGCCUACUCGGCUCAGCUCUGCUGGGUGGACGCAGGCACCAGUCGGGUGGAGUGUCUGAAGCCGGGGCAGCCGAGCAGACGGAAGGUUCUCGAGGGGCUCCAGUACCCUUUCGCUGUUACAAGCUACGGGAAGCAUCUGUAUUACACGGACUGGAAGACGAAUUCCGUGGUUGCUGUAGAUCUUGCCAUUUCCAAAGAGACGGAUACGUUCCACCCACACAAGCAGACCCGGCUGUAUGGCGUCACCACGGCCCUGUCUCAGUGUCCCCAAGGUCACAACUACUGCUCGGUGAACAACGGUGGCUGCACCCACCUCUGCCUGGCUACCCCCGGAAGCAGGUCCUGCCGUUGCCCUGAUAACACCCAGGGAGUUGACUGCAUCGAGCGGAAAUGAAGACAAGAAGGCCUCAUUCCCUCGGCAGGUACUCAGCAUCACCCUACUUGAAAGGGUCCAGACUGAAAACUGUCCGACCUGGUGGCCACCAGGCCCAGGUCCUACCCAGCCGGAGCCCCGACAGCGUUCCCCUCUGUUCCCCAAAACAUAUGCCCCGGGGUUCUGGAAUGGGAAAGCCCCUUCUCCCUAUGCAAAGACAGAAAACCCCCUGACUCCAACCCUCAGAUGAACAGACACAGCCCCCGAGUGAGGAUUAUGUGCCCACCCCAGUGCUCUGGAAACUGUGCCCAGUUUAUCCCCCCAGUGAUGGGCAGGGCCUGCCCAGGCAUGAGCCGGCCCCUCCCCUGUGGCCUCAUAAGCUCAGCCUCACUCUGAGUUGCCCACCAUCUUGUAACUCCCCGACACGCCAGCCAGGGCCGCCUGGGCCAGGCUGUGACUGAAGGAGGGAGUUAACCCUCCCACUCAUUUUUCUCUUGGUGCUCUGAUUUCCCUCCCUACACUCCUGGCUUUCUACUCCUGUACCACCUGCAUCCUGCCCAAGGCCCCUGCUAUAGUGAGCAAGCCCUGCCAUUUUGUUCAAAACCCACCGUGUCUUCAGGCCACGUGGAUACACAGGGAUGAUCAUGAGCAGUCCCUUCCAGAUACGUUACUGGCAUUUCGGCAGUAGCCCUGGGGAGGUAGGCAAAGCCUUCAAUCAAGGGAGUGCCCAGUGGUAGGAAUUUCAACGUGUAGAGUCGGGUUUUGAGGACGUAGAUUCUUUGGAUGUGCCUUAAAUUACACCAGUGGUUACCGAACUGUUCCACUUUGCCCAAAGCACCUGGAUCUGAACAUCUGCUCCCUUGAGCAACAUGGCCCCACUGCAGGCACCCAGGCCCAGCCUGCCCACUUCAGGCUUAGCUGGGGCUGGGACCGGGGAUGACCCGUCUGUAGGUCUUCAUCUCCCACCUCCACUGGUAAGAGCCAAUCUACAGUCAGCACGAGCCGUGUCUCCUUUGUUUUCCCCUCUGUUCAUGGCCCUUGCUGGCUGUGUUCCCAUCUAAGAGGGCCAGAGUGAGUAUUUAUACUCCUGACCCAGAGUGAGUAUUUGUACUCCUGACCCUUUAUUGCUCACUGGUGUAAUUAAAGGGACCACCACGAGAUGUCACAUGUAUGUUUCUACAGUCUGUUUGGAAACAUAUCCUGGCCGUGCGAGCAGCUUUUUAUCAGCUGUUGCCCAGAGAUGCAAAACAAUAGGAAUUUUGGAUUGAAAGUGAGGCAUAAGGAGAUGGAGUCAGUAAAGACUGGGGUAAGGGAGUGGAGAAGGCUCAGCGGAAAGUGUCACAAAGCGGUUGAUCAGGAGCAGGAGUGGAAAACCCAAGAGGAAAGGAGAGAGGAGGGUAUUUAACAACAGCAAGAAGAAAAACUCUCCAAAGAGAAAAUGGGACCUUUCUCUUGAGGAGAUGGAAGGAUUUGCCUGUGUUUCUCCUUGGGGAAGGGGUCCUUCCCCUUAUCUGCAAACCUGAGUACACUCAUCACCCCCCCACAACCCGUACCCCUCCUCACUUUCUCCUCAAGUGCGAUGGCUUCACGGUGGAGCCUGGACCGGGAAGGAGCCUUGCCCCCCGAAUGACUGGCGUUCCUUCUGAGAGCCAAAUGCAGUCCUGAGAAUCACGCCGUUUGGGGAACAUGUGGGUCUUUUAUCCAGCCCAGCCCCAUGGAUCAGUUUUGCCUUUUUAUAUUUAUCAUUCCAUAUCAAGCCCUCUAUAUCAAAUGUUCGUCAUCAUUUUGUAUAAUUUUUAUAACUGUUUUAUUCAUUUUACUAGAUUCAUCCUAAAAGUUUUCAAAUGGUAAAUUCUUAAACUGUGGAAACCACUGAAGGUGCUUAUUAACUGUUCCCGCCCCCCAGAUUUUUACAAGUAUUGGAUGAUUUCUUGAGUUUACAGUUGUAUAAAUAUCAGUGCAGAAAAUAAAAUUUGUUUCUUAAAAAAAAA